AAAAUCGAUAGACCGAUGUUUCAAAGUCGUCGUACAUCACUAAUACCGACUCUCUUUCCGGUGCGGCCUUUGACAACGGUUGACGAAAUGGCGGCACAUAAAUCGUUCCGCAUCAAGCAGAAGCUAGCUAAAAAGCUAAAGCAAAACAGAUCAGUUCCCCAAUGGGUUCGCUUGCGCACAGGAAAUACCAUAAGGUACAACGCUAAGCGUCGUCACUGGAGGCGCACCAAGUUGAAGCUGUAAAUAUGCGGAUCAAAUCAAUUGAUAGAUUUCCAGAAUAACAAAUAAAUUCAAUCUUGAAGUACAGCAAAUAA